UCCUCGUUAAACCCUAAACCCCACUUCUUUUUCUUCUUCUUCUUCUUCUUUUCAUAGGGUCCGAACUGAAUUUCACUGAAAACAAGGAUUUCUCCCCCAAUCACCAUCAACCAUUAACCAUGUUCUUUUCCAUCCUUCUAGAACGCCCCAAAACAAUCUCCAAGCUUUUCUCUAACCUGAUUCUGACCAGACCUAUGGGUGGUGGCCCUCGAACCUUUCCCGGUGGCUUAAACAAGUGGCAAUGGAAGCGUAUGCAUGAGAAGCGAGCCAAAGAGAAAGAAAAAUCUCUUCUUGAACAAGAAAAAGAGCUCUACCACGCCAGAAUUCGCUCCCAAAUCCGGGCCAAAGUUACCGGAAAACCUGACCCAUUUAAAAAAACUCUUCCAGAAGCCGGACACGGACCUAUGAGCCCUGACGAUCACGUAAAAGCACUAGCUGAUCGGUUCAUGAAAGAAGGAGCUGAGGACUUGUGGAACGAGCGCGACGGUCCCGUCAAACCUACGCCGCCCACGCCGGGAUCAAAGGUACGGGAACAAUACAUAGGUUCGAGAGAAGCGACAAGACCCAUUCCUGGGUCUCCGAUUGACUUGAGGAAGAUGAUACCAGAACGGCGUAAUUUAGCCGGAGACCGCGAAACUUUAAAUUUCAGCAAUAUGAAUGGCAAUAAUGUUAGGGUUAGAAAUUAUUCAGUGCAGAGGGGUCGAAGGAACGACAGUUCUUCGAAUGGAGAUAACUCUGGUUUUAAUUUAAAGGAUGAUUCUUUGAAACCUUUUGUUAGAAGUUUGGUGGGUAACCGCGAUAACUCGAAAGUUGAGAGCAAUGGGAAUGAGCUUUCUGUACAUAGGAAGUUUUCGGUGAAGAAGAAAUGGAGAAGUGGUGGUUCUUCGAGCGAUGAUGAGUCAGAAUUUGAUUCAGAGGAUGACUCGGCGAGGUUUUCUGGGACUGGAAGGAAUAUGAGGACAAUGGGGAGUAGUGCUUCUUUAGGGAAGUAUGAUGUGAAAAUCACAAAAAGAAGAGUGCCAUUGAAUACAUGCGAAGGGGCUGUCGAUUUUUCACAGCAGGUUGAGUUAAUUAGGCAUGAAAUCAGUCAAAGAAAAUUGGCUGAGGAAGAGGGUAAGUGUGAGGAAGAGUCAAUUCUUAGUCAAAAAAGGUUUGAUGAGUACGAUAUAUCUCCAUUGACGGUCAAGGCGCUAUCUUCUUCUGGUUAUGUUCAAAUGACUAGAGUGCAGGAGGCUACCCUUUCUGUUUUUCUAGAGGGGAAGGAUGCUUUGGUCAAGGCUAAAACCGGUACUGGGAAAACGGCAGCCUUUUUGAUUCCUGCUAUUGAAACAGUUCUGAAGGCUUUGUGUAGUAAUUCUAUUCAACGGGUGCCUCCAAUUUUAGCUCUGAUUCUUUGCCCCACAAGAGAACUUGCAAGUCAGAUAGCUGCAGAAGCCAAUGUCUUGCUGAGGUACCAUGGCGGAAUAGGUGUCCAGACGUUAGUAGGAGGUACACGAUUCAAAGAUGACCAGAAACGCCUUGAAUCCAGUCCAAGCCAGAUAGUAGUUGCUACUCCUGGCAGGUUGCUGGAUCACGUUGAGAGUAAAUCUGGGUUGUCUGUGCGAUUGAUGGGAUUAAAGAUGCUAAUACUUGAUGAAGCUGGUCAUUUAUUAGAUUUGGGAUUCCGGAAGGACAUUGAGAAAAUUGUUGAUUGUUUGCCUCGUCGGAGGCAGUCCUUGCUAUUUACUGCAACAAUUCCUAAAGAGGUUCGCCGAAUAUCACAGCUAGUUUUGAAUAGGGAACAUUCUUUUGUUGAUACAGUUGGUCAAGGUUGUGUUGAAACUCUUUCUCAGGUCAAUCAAUGCUAUCUUGUUUCACCACUUGAAUUGCAUUUUCAAAUAGUGCAUCAUCUUUUAAAGGAGCAUAUUUCAAAAUCACCUGAUUAUAAGGUCCUUGUUUUCUGUACGACUUCAAUGGUAACAUCACUAAUGUAUCUUCUUCUCCGUGAAAUGAAAUUGAACGUAAGGGAGAUGCACACCAGAAAGCCUCAACUUGCUCGAACUCGUGUUUCUGAGGAGUUCAGGGAAUCUAAAAGACUGAUUCUUGUUACAUCUGAUGUUUCGGCUCGUGGAAUGAACUAUCCUGAUGUUACACUAGUUAUUCAGGUGGGUCUACCAAUGUCACGGGACCAAUAUAUUCAUCGUCUUGGAAGAACAGGAAGGGAAGGAAAAGAGGGAGAAGGCAUCUUGUUGCUUGCCCCAUGGGAGGAAUAUUUUCUGGAUGAAUUAAAAGAUCUACCUCUUAAAAAAUUUACAUUAUCACAAUUGGACCCUAAUGCAAAACUUCAGAUGGAGGAUUCUAUGGCCAAGAUUGAUGGUAGCGUCAAAGAAGCAGCGUAUCAUGGGUGGCUUGGCUACUAUAACUCGAUCAAGGAAGUCGGUAGGGAUAAAACCACACUUGUCGAGGUUGCUAAGAGAUUCUCUGAGUCAAUUGGUCUGCAAAAACCGCCUGCUCUCUUCAGAAAGACAGCAGUGAAGAUGGGGUUGAGAGAUAUACAAGGCAUAAGAAUACACAAGUGACUUUGAUUGGAAUGUUGGUAUGCAACUGGUUGAUAAGCAGAAACAAGAGGCAAGAAACUUUUAGCUCGUUGAGUAUGAUUUUAUCUUUACAGAAAAUUCUCCUUUCUGUGUUUCUAGUCUUGCUUGAAUCCUCAUUUUUAGGCUGCCGAUUAAGCAUUUCUGGUUGACUUUUUUGUUAUCACAUUCUUUUGAGUAAUUUAUUGUAGUAGAAUGUCUUAUGGAUAAGUAUCAAGAUAAACUUAUAAUAGGUGCUGUAGUACAAAGUAAAUGAUUUUGAGGUCAUUUACUUAUCAAGUAUACCAGUUUUGUACAUUCAAUCUUCAUUAUAAAAUGUAAUAAUCUUUCAUUUAAAUGGAUUACUUGUACUUUUCACUCU